AUGCCAGCCAUCACUCAAAGCCUCGGGGCCUCCAGCGCCACGGGAGCGCCAACACCGUAUCUUCCCGGUCCUCACCUCUUGCCACCAGACAUCUUCCACAAUCUCGGCCAAUACUCGCCUUGGUUUCCUGCGAGUCCUUUGUCGGCCCAUGAAGACACCUCGAUUCAAUGCACGGUGACCUUUGUCAGUCAACUCGAACGACACGGCUCCCGCUAUCCUACCGGAGGCGCGUACAAACAGCUCCGCAAAACGCUUCGUCAGAUCGCCAAGCACCUCGAGCGAGUGCCCGAAGCAGGAGCACAUGGCAACCCGACGGAAGGGCUUGAUCCACACCUCGAGUGGCUGCGGCAUUGGGUUGAGGCCAAAAAGUCCGAGGAUGGAGGCCUGCGCAACCGUCUCGGCAACUCGGAGCUAACGCCCUAUGGCCAGUUUGAAGCCUACUCCUCCGGAUGGCGCUUCUACGAACAGUAUGCUCAUCUUUUUGACGACACGCGAAUCGAAGUCAACACUGACUUUGAUCUCGAGAUGGACCGCAAGGACGUCAAAGCAAAGUCGCUGCUCGACCUGGUCUGUUCUACGCCCGAAACAUCCGCACCUGCCACCGCUUGGUCUGUCCUACCUCUGUUCUCGCACGUCCGGCAAGGCGUGUGCCGCGUCCUGGGCUCAGGUAUGAGCUCCUCUUCCGCGAAGCAAGGUCGCCACCACACGCAAAGACCCUUCGUUCGUGCCUCUGGCGCAGACCGCGUCGUCACCACCUCGCGUUUCUGGCUGCAAGGCUUUGCACACAAACACUUCCGCCACGCUCCGCCCGAGUCGGCACCAUGGCCUCAGAAAGGAAGACCGGCGGUGCUCGAUGGCCUCAAGAGCGGCAAGCCCCAUCGUCGCAUCCGCGAUCUGCCCCAGCCCAACGUCAUCAUCCCCGAAGCACGCAAAGCAGACAAGCUCGGCCAGGUGUUUAGCAACAACACGCUCGACGUCUACACCUGUUCCGCCUUCGAACGCGACUAUCGCGACAAUGCGCAGAGUCCCGCCUCCAUCAAGACGGCUGCAUUUGCGAGCAAUGCUACGGCACCGAUCCGUGCCAGACUGGCGAGUCAGCUCGGUGUCCGACAGGGCGGAAGCAAAGAUCGACGCGGCGAGCGGCUUCAUCUGAAGCCGAGUCAGGUGCAGCAGCUGUUCAGCCUGUGCGCCUUUGACACGGUGACGAGGCUCGAUCCGUAUGGCUUGCUCUAUAGCCAGCCAGAGCGCAACGAGGGUGCCAUGAGCCCCUUCUGUGAUCUCUUUGAACCGCAAGAGUUUGAAAGCAUCUACGAGGUGGCCACCAACAUGGAGAAAGACUACGGCUUUGCGGCGCACAACCCUCUGCAUAGAGCUCUCGCCACGCCAUGGUUGCGGGAACUCCUGGCAAGGCUCGAGGAUCGUGCUCCGGUUAUGACUCCGCCCACUUCGAUCAACACCACCCUCGACAAGGAUCGGGACACAUUUCCCAUCCCAUCUGCGCAGGGCCCAAGAGCUUUUGUCGACUUCACCCACGACAAUCAGCUUGCGCCCGUGAUCGCUGCUCUGGGACUGUGGGACGAGGAGCACGAAUGGGUGACGUCGCUGACCACGCCGUUCUCUGGAAGGUUGACGGUGGAGAGGCUUGAGUGCGGGCAGGACGACUUCAUUCGCAUUUUGGUGAACGAUCAGCCUGCUAGUGUUUCAAAAGGCAGCUGGUGUCCCGACUCGGCUUUAUCUCACAGCGAUCAACUUUGCCCGCUCUCGGUCUUUGCUGAGCCUUUACAGUGGGUUGACCAGCCUAGCGAGUGGGAAAAGUGCUACUCGAAGAAGGACAAAAAGAGGCAGGAGAGCGAGUCACAGUCGAGUUAG